GCAGACCUGGACGCCCUGGUGGAGCGAGUGAAGGACUCCAUCAACAAGAAAUAUGAGAUUCUUUGCGGCACCCAACGUCAAGGCAAUUGGGUCAUCGUCAAAGUCUGUGAAAAUCAAGAUCGCAAAGAAGAGGACUACUUCAAAUGCUACCUCUACCACCUGCCGUCGUGGACUCCGGGCUGUAAGCCACUGGCUCAGUCAAAUUGGACCGACAACAGCUGCAUGGGAGUCAGAGAUAGUGGCAGUAAGCUCGAGUUCGGUGAAAAGGGGACGGUGUUGGAGAAGGAUGCCGGCUUCGGCGGUCUGAUGAAGACGAUCGAGCUGAGUACCUUGCAGCCGUGA